GAUGCAUUGCUUUGUCCACCCUUUUCCCCAAAGGGCGAGUCUAGUAUUGAAUUAAAGAUAAUUAUGAAAUUACUUGCAACGUCCAAUACAAAGCCAAUACAACCAUUGAAAUUAUAAUAGCCCAUGGAACUAUUAACACAGAAUAGCUCCAUGGUUACCCUAAUAUAAAACGAUCAGCUCCACACAUUCAUCGGCGGCCUACGAACGCAAGCACAACUGCGCGCAGUAAUGAGAGCAAUCAGUCUUCGAUCUCGAUUUUUUGGCGGUGUUGCGCAUCAUUCAACGUACCUUUUUUGAUGUCAAUGAUGGACGUGUUACCAACAUUUCCCUCCGCCAGGCUUUCUCGUUACUUUUUAUAUUAACAUCCUAUGUUGGCGAUUCAUUUUUACCUGGGCUGUGCUUUCAUAAACUUCACAGAAACUCUACCUAGAGUUGUUCGGUGUUUUUCUCUUCAGUUGAUAGGCGCUCCUCUUUCUCCCUGGAGGAAAAUGCAUGAUAUACUAGGAUGUGAUAUUAUAUAUGGAGCUAACUUAUGAUAGGCGGAGGUAGCAGUACGGAGACCCAGUUCAGGUGGAUACACUCAGUAAGUACUACAAUAAGCUCUUAGCCGCCAUGAAGACUACCCAAAAGAUGUUGCUAUCGUGUUUUUUGUUAUUAGCAUCGCAUACGUUCACUUGUAUUCUUGUCGUCAAACUGCGUGAAGGACGCCACGAUUUUACUCAAAAAAUUGUUAGAAAUGUAUCGCAAUCUUCGCCAUGUUAUUUGCGGGUUCAUGUUUGGCGUGAUGAAGAGGCCCAAAGAUCACCCCAGAAAUUCGAAUGCCCGGGGCUGAAAUGUGGUAUUAUUUUCGUACAGGAUGUGAACUACGAUACGAUGAAGUCAAGUGAUGCAGUGGUACAUGUAUCGUAUUGGAAUUGGAGCAGAGUGCUUAAAGAAAGACCACCGAAUCAAGUUUGGAUUUUUUUCACACUAGAGAGCCCUAAACUCACUAUACCUUACCUGAUACCACCUCGCGGGUAUGACCGCAUAUACAACUAUACAAUGUCUUACCGGCCAUCGUCUACAAUACCUAGUCCGUAUGGCUUUUAUGAUAGCACUGUGCCGCAGUUAGCCACUGACGACGAUCGUAACUGGGCCUUAGGGAAAACCGAUCUCGUAGCUUGGGUUUCAUCGAGAUGCAAUGGCAAACGUCCCGGUGGAUAUCAAUCGUGGCGGCGCCUUGAGUUUGUGGAGACACUUUCAAAGCAUGUUAGUGUCAAUAUGUAUGGAAAAUGUGGGGAAAAAGAAUGUGAUAAUAAAGAGGGCGGGUGCUGGAACUUUCUGAGGACUCAUAAGUUUUACCUGGCUCUGGAGAACAACGAAUGUAGGGACUACAUUACGGAGAAAUUCUGGCAUAAUGCUUUCCUGAACGACAUGGUACCAAUCGUCUAUGGUCCACCGCGGGAAGAUUAUGAGCGCGUGGCGCCACCGAAUUCUUUUAUCCAUCUUCAGGAUUUUAAAAGCUUCCAAGAACUUGCCGAUUAUAUCAAACUUGUAGAUUCAGACGAUAAGUUAUACAAUUCAUUUUUUGAAUGGAAAAAACUGGGGACGGUAAAAUACAUGGGUGCACAGUUGAUACAUCAGCCGGAGUUUAUGUGUAAAGUGGUAUCUAAAUUGUUGGAUUCAGAAAAGAAGUCACAUUAUUGUAACCAGGGCAUUGGAGAGAUGAAUCCAUCAAUAAAUGAAUUUUUGUCAGCUUCAUGCUUCGUACCUACCGGAUUUCCUCACGACUUUUGAAGUAUCAAUAGCGGUGUCCACACUCCCAGAACUGGUUCAUCUUUCUGUUGAACUAUCCAAUAUUGGAGAGCAAAAGUCGCUGUCGUUUGACGUGGAAAGGUGUUGCUUUAAUCAAUGCACUUUGUUAUGUGCAAAGUGCACUAAACCUAAUAUUCCAGAGUAGAAACAAUGUGAUGUGUAUAUUUGUAAUGAUGUACCUUAAGUUGCUGUGGAAAACUAUCUCAAUGAAGCUAAAAUGGAAUGCGACUCCGACUAGUUGAUUUCCAUUCAAAUGAUAAUCAUGGUCCUGAAAAUCUCCAACCACAGCACAACAACAACUGCAACAAAAGGAAAUCUCGAGUCUUGAGGAUCUGAUAAGUAAAAACAUGUAAAAGCAUGCAAAAGCAAAUCCAACUUGCUUUAGACUAUGCCUUAAUCAGUGCUUUGUAUCCUCUGGAAGAUGUGCUACAUACAGACGAUAUAAAUCCAAACAGUGUUAUUUUCAUUCAAAUACUAAUUAUUCAAAUUUUUCUAAGAUUGAUGAUGAAAUCUGGGAGAGAUCUAAGCUCAUUUUCGUUCGAAAAGACUGCCUGCUAUGAAAUAAUAAUAGGUUUUUUUUUUUACGAACAUGAUUUUUUGUCCAUUUUAGACAUCGGCGUUUUGAUCUAAUUAUAAAAUGCUGUAGUGAUGAAAUGGUCGAGUUCAUGAUGUAGUGUUCAGAUGUAGCGUAUGGCAGAUGUAUUG